UUUCCAUUGAAUCCAAUUUUCUUUUUUUUGAAUUUCUUGGUGCUAAGAUUUCUUCAAUUUUCUUGCGACAUCUCUUUUUGUAUUCUAAAAUCAUUUCAUUGCAGUGGGUGAACGGAUUAAUGGAAAUUUUGGCAUGUGUCUAAAAAAUAAAGAUGAAAAAAAAAAUCGGAUUCAAUUUUCUCUAAUAAUAAAGGAUACAAUUUAGUGCGCAAGUAUACUUCAUAUUGUUUAUACAUACUAUUGAUUUUAGAGCUCAGAAAAAAUAGUAACACAAUGUUAACAGUAGGGAUUAAGUAUCUAAGAGACUUUUAGAUAGAAAAAUAAUUUAAAACUUAAAAAAAAAAUAUUUAAUUAGCACAACAUAAAGAAAUAAUAUCGAAUUUCAUAAGAAAAACACAAAAUGAAACAAAUCAAAGAGUUCUUAUUUUCUUAUUCUAUAAUAGUAAUAAUAUUAUCUAUUGAUAUUAUUUGUUUUGGUAUGAGAAGAGGCCCACAUCAUCCAAGAGGUGAAGUUGUAAAACGUUCUGCCAACACAAAACUUGAUGAACAUUUAGUUCAUGAAGAGACGCAUUUAGACGAUGAUUUAAAUAAAAUUGGAGUUAAUGUUAACGAAAGUGCUUUAACUGAAGAAGAAAAACACUUUUAUCAUUUUAAAAUACAUGAUAAUGACAAUAAUAAUGCACUUGAUGGCUUAGAAAUGUUAUAUGCUGCUUUACAUCAUGAACGUUCUCUAAUGAAAACGGAUUAUGAAAAUUCAGUAACAGCUGAUGAACAACAAUCAGCAUUUGACCAUGUAGUUGAAGUAAUCGACGAUUUCUUAGAUAUUGCUGAUACAGAUAAAGAUGGAUUUUUGCAAUACCCAGAAUAUAUGAGAGCAAUUAAUGAUAAUCAGCUUGAUUAAAAAUCUACUGAGUAAAAUUUUUUAAAGAAUGUGAUUUUUAUUAAAAUUUGAUUUGUUUUUUAAUUUGUAUACGAAAAUGUAAUUAAAAAACUGUAAACAGUA